CGUCCUCCGUCCGCCAUGAACAACCUGCUAACCGACUCCUUUGAGCUUCCGCGCCUGGAUUCCUCGAGAGAUGGGGAGGAUCUUGAAAUGGGGAUGCAUCGGCCGGAUGCCUCCGACAAUGUACAAGGCUUCUUGAAGAAGGUUGAUGGCAUCAACAGCCUGAUAGCUAAGCUCACCAGUCUCUUGACCAAGCUCCAGUCUGCCAAUGAGGAAUCCAAAGCAGUUACAAAAGCAAGCGCCAUGAAAGCAAUUAAGCAGCGAAUGGAAAAGGACAUUGAUGAAGUGGGCAAAAUUGCUCGUAGGGCGAAAACAGAACUCGAUGAACUGGAAAAGGAUAACUUAUCUAACAGACAAAAACCUGGAUGCGAGAAGGACUCUGUGGUAGAUCGAUCAAGGGAACAGACUACUGGAGGAGUUAAAAACAAGUUGAAGAAACGGAUGGACGAUUUUCAGGUACUGAGAGAAUCAAUCCGACAGGAGUACCGCGAAGUUGUUGAAAGAAGGGUAUUUACCGUAACUGGUAAUCGCCCUGAUGAAGAGACAAUUGACGAUUUAAUCGAGACAGGGAGAAGCGAGCAGAUCUUCAAAGAUGCGGUUCAACAGCAGGGAAGAGGCCAGAUAUUGGAUACUGUUGCUGAGAUACAGGAGCGGCAUGAUGCUGUAAGAGAUCUAGAGAGGAAGCUUUUGGAGCUGCAACAGAUAUUCCUGGAUAUGACGGUAUUGGUUCAGGUUCAAGGAGACACGAUCAAAACCGUAGAUACACAUGUUUCAAAUGUUGACAAGCAUAUACAGCAAGGCAUGGACUCUCUCCAGAAGGCAAAGACACCGCAGAAGAAGUCGAGGAAGUGGAUGUGCUACGCCAUCAUCCUUCUCCUGGUGGUAGUGGCUAUCGUCAUGCUUGGGGUGAUCCAGCCAUGGAAGAAGUAA